AUGUCGGCCGACGCAAUCAGCAACCCUCAACCCGCCGGAGAGUCCAAGAGCGCUCGCAAGAAGCGCGAAAAGGCCGAAGCUGCUGCCGCUGCUGCUGCUCAAGCCGCUGGCCAGCCUCAGCAGGACAGCGAUGGCCAGAAGACUCCUGACGCCGCAGACACCAACGGUGACUCUUUCGAGAGCUCCUAUGUCAAGGAGUUGCAGAAGAACAUUCGCAAUGUGAACAAGAAGCUCGUCAGUCAUCCAUCUGUUCACCACAACCACACCGUGUUAACCAGAUACAGNAAUGCCAUGACCAAGUUGGACUCGAUCCUCGCCGAGAACCCUGGCAAGACCCUCGACGAACUCCUCGCUACCCGCAAGAUCAACGCCGACCAGAAGGCCCAAGCCUCCAAGAAGCCCGCCCUCCAAGCCCAACUCGCUCAGCUCGAAGAACAGAUCGCCCAGUACAAGAAGGUUGAUGCCGAUUACCAGUCGCGCAUGUCCGCUCAGCACUUGCACCUGACUUCAGCCCACCAAUCCGAGAUUGAGAAGUUGAAGGGCUCUCUUAAGGAGCAGCUCGAGCAGGAACUCAACACUGCUCUUCGCCAGAAGUUGCUCACAUUCAGCCAGUUCCUCAGAGCUGCCGCUGCCAAGCGUGUCAUUGAAGAGGAGGCAGACACGGAUGAGUCCAAGGCAUUCGAGGGUGCUCUGUUGCUGGUCUAUGGAGGUGACGACAAGGCUGUCGAUGCCGUUAUGAACUUGAUCCAGGACUCGCAGGUCAAGCAGGCUGCUGUCGGUUUCGGCGCAUUCCCCGGUGAAGAGACCGCUCAAGAGGAGGCUCCUGCUGAGUCCAACGACGCUACUGCUGUCCAGCCUGAGGACACCAUUCCUUCGAGCGAUCCCACCAUCGCACACGCUGGUCUCACCGAGCUUGGUCUGAACCAGCCCGCCGAAGAAGAGAAGCCCAUUGUCGUGGCCGAUGACCAGAUCGCCGAGGCAUCCAUCGAUGACGGCUCAGCCAACAAGUCAGCUGAGACACAGUGGGACAACGCUGCUGCUACCGCCGGCACCGACCAGCAGCUUGACGACUCUUUCGAGAUGGUCCCUCGCCCUGCCGACGAGACCGAGGCUGUCCACGAGCCUGCUCAGCCCCAAUCGACCAGCUCCUGGGCCGACCAGUCAUCUGCAAACGCCACUGCUACCGAAGCUGCUUCCGAGAACAACAACAUCACCAACGGUCUUGCCUCGACCGAUGCCGAGGGAUACCAGUCUGUCGAGAGACGUGGAGGAAGAGGUGGACAAGGUCAAGGCCGUGGAGGUCGUGGACGUGGACGUGGUGGUCCCAGAGGAGGACAUCGCGGCAACUUCAGAGGUCGUGGCGACGGUCGCGGUCGUGGAGGCCGUGGCGGUGCCCCUCAGCCUCAGGCAUAG